CUCGCCCACGCAAGCUCUUCUUCCUGUUGGCGCGCACCCACUCUCCUCCCAGCUCCCGCCCAGACUGACCAACCCACGUGUCAGCGCAGAGCCAAUCAACGACAGCACAAGGCGCGAUCCGGAUUUGACCGGUCGGAUUCCGGACCGGGUAUAAAAGGGGCGAGCACAGCCGGCGCUUGUUUUAGUCGCUGGGAAGUAACGGAAAGAAGUUGUUGAAUUUUUCCCAAUUGUGCCGUCCGAACAGCAACCAUGCCAAAACGAAAGGCUGAAGGAGAUGCAAAAGUUGACAAGUCCAAAGCAAAGGAUGAGCCACAAAGGAGAUCUGCCCGGCUAUCUUCUAAACCAGUCCCAGCUAAAGCAGAGGCAAAACCCAAGAAGGCUCCAGCUGCUCCAAAGAAAGUUGAAAAAGCUCCCAAAGGCAAGAAAGGAAAGGGAGAUUCUGGAAAAGAUGCCACCAAUGCUGCAGAGAAUGGAGACGCAAAGUCUGAUCAGGCACAGAAAGCAGAGGCGUCUGGUGAUGCCAAGUGAACUCUGUGAAUUUUGAUAAUUGUGUACUUCUGGUGACUGUACAGUUUGAAAUACUAUUUUUUAUCAAGUUUUAUAACAAUGCAGAACUUUGUUUUACUUUUUAUUUUAAGCUGUGUUUGGCAAAUGCUUUGUGGGUUUUAAUGGGCAGGGUGUGACGUGACAGUGCGAUCUUCACUUAUUUAACAGCUACAUUGAGCCCCUGUGUUUUUACUCCCUCCACAUGAAAUUGGCAUAUUUAACGUUAUGGUUUCCUCCAUUUUGUGGGAAAAUAGGCAGCUAUUCAAGCCUUUACUGUGCCCCGGGUCCUUGGUUUGAAGAAGAUGGUAAAGCCAAAGUACACAGGUGCCUGUCUGAGGCAAUUUCCAUUCUCAAAAUGUGAAGCAUCAAUCCUGUUACUGAUAAAUGUUAAUGGUUUUCAUAGUGAAAUGUAUUCUCGGGGCUGGGAAGUGAAGUCUAUCAUUUAGUGUCCUGCCUUUGCAAUGCCUAAUUAA